ACUGCGGGUCCUGAACCAUUGGCCCUGUAUCUGUAUCUUUAACGAAGGAAUGAAUUGGGCAUCGGGUAACCAAAAAAUAAAUAAAUCGGGCAUGACGUACACUGCGGAGAUUCUUAUGCAGUCAAAACUAUUUCGAGAAUAGAGACCGAAGGUACGACGACGAUGGACGACUCCAAGGCGCUCGGAACUUUCAACCCUAGUAGCGAUGGAGCAAAAGCAAAGAAGCCGAAGGUGGUAGUGAUAAUGGGUCCCACUGGCUCUGGGAAGUCCAAGCUUGCCAUUGAUUUGGCUUCCCACUUCCCGGUCGAAGCUAUCAACGCUGAUUCCAUGCAGGUUUACCGAGGCCUGGAUGUUCUCGCCAACAAAGUUCCGCUCUCCGACCAAAAGGGGGUGCCUCACCAUCUUCUGGGUACCGUAAGUCCAAACGUUGAAUUUACAGCUAAAGACUUUCGAGAUUCUGCUAUCCCUCUCAUCAAUGACAUCUGUGCUCGCAACUGCUUGCCCGUCAUAGUUGGGGGCACGAAUUAUUACAUCCAGGCUCUCGUGAGUCCGUUCCUUCUAGAUGAGUCAGUUGAAGAUAUGGAUGAAACCUUUAUGGACAACCUUUCCGGUACUGGACCAUUGGAUAAGUAUUUCAUCCCUGAAAAGGACAGUUCAGACAAUAAUUAUGAAUUGCUUAAAGAUGUUGAUCCAGUUGCAGCAAAUAGAAUGCAUCCAAAUAACCAUAGAAAGAUUAGUCAAUACCUUAGCUUGUAUGCUCGCACUGGAGUUCUUCCUAGCAAAAUUUUCCAAGGAAAAGCUGCAGAGAAGUGGGGUCAAGUUGGUAACUUGAGAUAUGAUUGCUGUUUUAUAUGUGUGGAUGCAUCUCUUCCUGUACUGGACAGAUAUGUAGAACAGAGGGUAGAUUGCAUGAUGGAUGCUGGAUUACUUAAUGAAGUCUAUGACAUUUACAAUCCAAAUGCUGAUUAUAGUCGUGGCUUGCGGCAAGCCAUUGGUGUCCGUGAAUUUGAGCCUCUUCUGGGAACCCGUGUAUUUGAAGAAAUCUACAAAAGAGAGAAAGAAUCGACCGAGGAUUCCAGGAGAGAAAAGUGUGAUAAAUUGUCUGAUGAUGAUCUGAUGGGGCUCUUGAAGUUGUCUUCUGACACAAAAGCCAUUACACUUAUGGAAGAAGCAAUUGAAAAAGUAAAGGUUAACACGCAGAGACUAGUUCGCCGUCAGAACGCCACCGACAGAUUGCUGCAAGAGCUUAGGCCACCGCCACUGACUGCCAGAGUUUCAGCAACAGCCACUAAAAAUAAAUACCCAAAGGUGGCCAAUGAGGGCUUUGAACCCAACACCUCUUAAUACACCAAAAGAAUAUUAACCACUAAACUAAUGAAGGCUCUUAAUUAUAUAAUUCCAUAACAAAUAUAUGACAUAAUCAAUUUUCCAAGGCAGUGCUUAGUAAGCUUGUUCAUAAUAUUACAUGUUAUUUCACUAACAGUACUUGUUAAUUUACUAAUAAAACUUGUUGGCAAUGCCUUUUACAUAUUUAACUUUUGUGACUUGUUAAUUUACUAAUGUUUCACAUUAAUUAACUGGCAAAACUUGAUGAGAAUUCCUUUUACAUAUUUAAUCCCAAUGACUUGUUAAAAAUCUAACAUAACUUGUUAAGUUUCUAAUACUACUUGUUAACUUACUAGUGAAACUUGUCGACAGUACCUUCUAAACUUUCAAACUAGGUAACUUGUUAAAUCUCUAACUUGAUUUGUUAAUUUACUAAUAUUACUUGUUAACUCAAUAGCAAAACUUAUUAGCAAUACUUCUUAAAUAUUUAAUCCUAAUAACUUGUUAAAAUCCCAAUUUAACUUGUUAAUUUAUUAGCAUUAUUUGUUAAUUCACUAUCAAAACUUGUUGACAAACUUUUUAUGUAUUCAAUCUUGGUGACUUGUUAAAAUUUUGACUUAAUAAAUAACAUUAGUUAAGUAACAAAUUAAGUUAUGGUUUUGACAAGUCACUAUGAUUAAAUAUAGAUAAGGUAUUAUCAAUAAAUUUUGCUUGAGAAUUAACAAGUAGUAUUAGUAAAUUAAUAAGUUAAGUUAGGGUUUUUAACAAGCCAUCGAGAUUGAAUAUGUAUAAAGUAUUGUGAACAAGUUUUUGCUAUUAAAUUAAUAAGUAGUAUUAAUAGUUAAAAAAAAAUUAAUAAGUUAAGUUAUAGGUUUAACAAGUUAUCAAGAUUUAAUAUGUAGAAGGCAUUGUCAAUAAGUUUUGCUUGUGAAUUAACAAGUAGUGUCAAUAAAUUAACAAGUUAACUUAGGGUUUUAACAAGUCAUCAGGAUGAAAUAUGUAGAAAGUAUUGUCGACAAGUUUAGCUAGUAAGUUAAUAAAAAGUAUUAAUAAAUUAACAAGUUAAAUUAGAAAUUUAACAAGUUAUAAUAAUUAAAUAUGUAGAAUAUAUUAUCAACAAGUUUUGUUAGUAAAUUAACAAGUACUGUUGGUGAAAUAACAGGUAAUAUUAUAAACAAGUUUACUGAGCAUUGAUUUGGAAGGGUGAUUAUAUUUUAUAUUUGUCUUGGCACUAUAUAAUGAAGGGGCAUCAUUAGCUUAGUGGUUAAUAGCACCAAAAGGUCUUGGGUUCAAACUUCUUCUUGACC